AUGGACAAGGUCCUCGUUUCGAGGUUGAAGGAUCUGCGGAUUCGGAUGAUCACAUACAUCAAGGAACACGUCGCACGAAAACGGUCAGGCCAUGUCGGAGUUGCUGCCAAUGCCUGUGACGACGACGCCGCGGAGGCCCCUUCGGCAUUCCAAGCAGUCGGGGUCGCCGACACCAGCGGAGAGGCCGGAGACGGCGUCGACAAGGCAGAUGAGAAGGCAGAAAGGUCUGUGGCGAGGACCGUGGAUCAGGAAAAGGAGGAGGAGGAUCGUGAGGAGCGUGAGCAGGGGCAUGGGCAGGAGGAGGAGGAGGAGGAGGAGGAGGAGGAGGAGGAGGAGGAGGAGGAGGAGGAGGAGGAGGAGGAGAAGGAGGAGGAUGAGGAGGAGGAUGAGGAGGAGGAGGAGGAGGACAAGGCGGCGGCGGCGGCGGAGGCCGUGGAGCAGGGUUUCGGGUCGGUGGAGCAGGUGGCGGAGGGGGAGAAGCAGCAAGAGGGGGAGGAGGAGGUAGAGUUCCCCUGGGUCGAAUUCGAGAUGGAGGAUGUUGAGGGAGCGGCGGCGGUGGCCGUGGAGGGAGCGGCGGCGGCCGUGGAGGGAACGGGUGGGAUGUCGGCGGAUGUUGUGUACGUACGAGGGGAGGGUGCCGAUGUGGAGAAUGUCGGCGUGGAGGAGGCGCACGUGGUCGGCAAUGUGGUUGGCGACGCGAAGGAGGAGGAUAACGCCGCGGCCCCGACGCCGACGGGCGUGGAGACCACCACAGGGAACGCAGGGGUGGAACGCCGGGGUGGAGCGGUAGAGGCGGGCCGUCAACCGGGUUCCUCAGCAGCUGGUCGGCAGGCAACGCCGGCCGUCGUCGCGCAGCUGCGACAGGAGAACAUGUGGCUGAGGGCUGAAAAUGCUCGUCUCGAGACGGCGCUCAGAGUGGAGAGGGGUCGGGUGGACAAGUUUGCGAUGGGGAUUGGCCACCUCGUGGACAAGCUCAGGUCGUUGGCCGACCAGGUCGCCGCCUCCGAUCAGGAUGCGUCGAGUCGGCUGAUGGAUGCGUCCUUGACCAUGGCGACGACCGUCACGGAGAACAUCACCGCCAACAUGGGUGAAGCAUGGGAUGCGAUGAAGGCGUACGCCGAGAGGGCGGAGUGCUGGUUGGACUAUCUAGAGAAUCCGGAGGGGUUUAUGGCGGAGCAACGUGCGAACGCGGUCGUCGCCAUGGGCAACCACGUGGACGAAGCGAGGAAGGGAUUGGAGGAAUACAUAUCGAAGCACCUAGUCGCCGCGCAGACCAACAUCGCCGCCGCGGUAACUCAACGCGUCGCCGUCCCGCCGCCCACGCCGCCCGCCCCACCGCCAGCCUUCCCGGACGAGCUCAUGAAGUUUUUCAAGGCGGACGUGUUGAAGGCGGUGACUGAGGCCACCGAGCAGUCGUUUGUUGCGUCCGGGUUAAACCUCAUGACCCAGGUGAUCGGCCAUCUGGCACCUGGUCGGCAUGGGUCGUCGCCGUCGGCCAAUGAGGCCAACAAAAAGGGCGGCUCGCGGAGCAAGGGAGCCGACGGGAGCGGAGGUACGAGCGUGGUCGACCAGCUCAAGAAGAACGGGGCCAAGGUGAUAAGGACGCACAGCAAGGGCGAUAGAAUCAGGAGUGCGGAGGGGGGCCCUGCCGACCAGGUUGCCGCUCAAGAGGCUGGACCAACAGCCCCGCCAUUGGUCGCCGAGAAGCCGGCCAGUCUAGCGACCGCACCAACGGCGAUAGAUGGCGGCGCCAAAACCGUCAAGGGACCGUCCGGCGGAGUGGCGGGGACCACGUCGAUCCCCCGCAACCCCCCUGCGGCUAGCAGCGCGCCGAUCGCCCCGUCAGCCGCCAACAACGAUGGGCCGUCCCUUGCGGCUUCUCCAGCACCAGCAGGCACGUCUGGCGCCAAGGUUGACGCGGUGGAUGCUGCGGCUAACCGCGCUGGUCCGUCCGCCCCAAAGGCGAAGGCGCUCAGGGAGAUGCUCAGCCGCAUGGAGACCCAUCGACAGGACGUGCAGCAGCCUCCCGUGGUCGGUACCCCGCCGGCCACAACAGCACGUCGCUCGGUCACUCCCCAUGUCGCCGCCACAACGUCCAGUGUCCCACCUACCGCGCCUAUCGUCGCCGCCCGACCUCCUGUGGACCCAAAGUCCGAGUUGCUUCGCGCCCGGUUAGGCGCACGUACUUUGGUAGCGCCCGCACGGGCUCAGCCUGUAUCCAGCUCAUGCGCGACGCCGACGUCGGUGACCGUAGGUGCAUACACACUCGGUGCGGCUACUGUCGAGGCGGUGGUGGAGAAGGGCGUGAGUGCAGCGCUAGCCACGGGCGGCAGAUCUGUUGACCCUGCACAGGCGGCGAAGGACCACAACGACGCCGAUAUCGCUGCCAUCCAGGACCUGUUGGAAGCCGUAAACCGCCCCAAGAAGCCCCCUGUGCUGGCCAUCUUGGACUCGGCGAGUCCCACCGGUUGUACAGCGGAGCCAAAGACGACCACUGCUGCGGUCGGCGCGGGAAAGUCGAAACGGAAGGGGACGGUCGACGCAGGGAAAGCGAGGCCGAGCUCGAAGAAGAAAACACGGGCGACGUCGGCGAUGGUGAAGUCGGUGGAGAAAGGACAGGGGAUGGCGACGGCGAUGGUGAAGGAGAAGGCGGCGGAGAAAGGGAAGGAGAAGGAGAAGGAGAUGGAGGAGAAGAAGAAGGAGGAGAAGAAGGAGGAGGAGGAGAAGGAGGAGGAGAAGGAGGAGGAGAAGGAGGAGGAGGAGGAGGAGGAGGAGAAGGAGAAGGAGGAGGAGAAGGUGGAGGAGGCGGAGGUGGAGGAGGAGAAGGCGACGACGGAGGAGGAGAAGGUGAAGGUGAAAGAACGGAAGGGUCAUGGCAUCCGCCACGACGCCACGGGCGACAAGCAAGGGUGGGUGGGCGAGAUUAAGGUGGUCGGGAACAAGAGCAGAUACAUCGGCAAGUCCCGCGAGAAGAUGGAGCUGGCGUACCUUCACUCGAUUGUGUACCUCCUGUACGACGGUUACGUCAGCAAGAUCCUCAUGGCCGAGCUCACCGGCUUGGAGGAAACAGUGAUGAAGCAGUGGAGGGCGGUGUGGAAAGAAGUCCGGUUCUUGCCGACUGGGAUGUGGACGGUGAUACGGGCACGGGGCGCGUUCCUCCCAAAGACACGGUUCGAUGAUAUCCUCGGGAAGUAUCGAGCGUACAAGACAUCAGGCGAUGCGCACCACGACGCGCUUUUGCCCGCGAUCUGGUUCCCCGUCGAUGCCGACACGAAGGAAGGGAAGCAGAAAUCGGAUGCAAUGAUGUCGGCCAUGAUUGAUCGCGUGUCCUUGUGCGCGGCGUAUGGGAAGGUCGCUGCAUCUGCGGCGAGAAAGGAGGGCGACACGGAUGAGACGACGGCGAAGGUCGCACAGGCGCUAUCGGCCUCCGCUUGCGCCCUGUGGUGCUUAGUCGAGGGCGACGGCGCCCAGGUGGCUGAUGCCGUGCGCGAAGGGAAGGCGGCGGCGAUGUUGGUCGGCGCGAGUGAGAGUUCCGCGGCCGAGUUCAAGAAGGUCAUGACGGCGGUGCUGGAGGCCGCGAUCAGCAGGCAGCAACCCCUCGGAGAGGUUGCGCACAACGUCGCACCUGCGCUGGAGUCCACCGCUCUGGCCAAAGCCUAUCCGGGGAAGAUCGGCAUCGCGGUGCCGCUUGACGCGCAGAUGGAGUACGAUAUCGAACACAGGGGGAGGAAGAGGCAGAGGGGCAAGUAG